AUUUAUCCAUUUCUGUUAGACCAUUAUAAGAUACAUCAGUUUGCUGUGACACUUGAAUUUUUCUACGCUUUGCCUUGUUUGCCUGCUUACUCGUUAUUGUUGACAGAUUUAUUUGUUCCUCCUGCCGUAUGUACUGAUUGCCACCUGUGUCCCAAAACUCAAACCAUUCCCGGAUGCUAUUCUCAAAGUGUUUCAGGGCGAAGAGAUGCCCAAAACCUAUGUGUGCAUCACAUUUAUUCCCCCCUCUGCUGUGCUACCACCAGAAAUUCUGAUGUCCCGAUUGGAAAAACAAAAUGGUGGCAUUUGCACAUCAUCGUGGAGAAUUCUCAGGACUGAGAAAGAUAACAAUGGUGGGGAAACCGUUACGAUCUCAGUGGACGAAAAAUCCAAAAAUUGGAUAGUCGGUCAGGCAGGGAAGCUGUAUCUGAACUUCACACAAAUUCACGUACGUGUGAAGGGAGAGCCAACUGGACCCAAGAAACUGACGACAAAAAGGCCAUUUACGACAGAGAAACCCAGUGACGUCAAGCAACAGGUGCCUCCAUCCAAAAGGCCGCUUUCAGGUGAUAGACCCAGUACCUCAAAAGCACAGGCAGAUAAGCCAAGUGAGACGGUUAAGGUCACACGGGACAGCACCCGAACUGAAGUCGGACCCAGCACCUCAAAACAGCAGGGUGGCACACCGGUAUCUAGCAUAAAGGACCAGAAGCAAGGGCCAAAGAAACCAGCUUCAAGAUCCCCUCGACAGGAAGCACCCACUCAUGGGACAAAAUUGCCCAAGUGGAUGCGGAACGGUAAAGGACGAUACCAAUAAAAUGAUGAGGUGCCUGCAGGUUAAUCUUCAACACGCCAAAGCUGCUACGGCGGUGUUGACACAGCGACUUCUAUCUGAAAAGAUUGACCUAGCCUUUAUCCAGGAGCCAUAUGUAUAUGAGAACCAGAUAAAGGGAAUAAAAGCACACCAACAAGGACCAGGUAGCAGCA